AUGGAAAGCCAUCAGGCCCUGCUCCCUUCACCGUCCUCUUCCCUGCCCUCUAUCCUAUCCAGCAGCGAGGCCUUCUCCAAGGACCCAGAUGGGCUUCUGCCACGGAAGGAGUUAGCCGUAGCUGCGCACGCAGGCGAGACUCCCUUCCGCUCUCACCCAGAAGCCAGCGGCGGGUCUCCACCCUCGCAGAAGAGCGAGAAUAAGAGAGAGAAGAAGAACAUCCCCAGGUUCGCCUUCCAGACGAGAAGCGUGGUGGACGUACUCGACGACGGGUAUCGCUGGAGGAAGUACGGGCAGAAGGCCGUGAAGAACGCCAAGUUUCCAAGGUCAGUGUGACAGAAUCCCUCAGGGUUUCUCUCCCGGGUUAGACUGGUUCUAGAGUUUUUUCGUGCCUUGCACCGGAAGAAUCAGAGGAAUAUCUUCUAGAGUUUGCUAAGAAAGACUAGACCUUUUUCCCUAUGGAAAUCCUCACCAUCAUCCGAUGAUAAUUUCCAGGGUAUGUGACCUUUAUCAAAUGCAGUGCAACCAUCUCUCUCUCUCUCUCUCUCUCUCUCUCUCUCUCUAGCUAUCUAUCUAUGUAUUUAUGGAUCCAUCAAUAAAUGCUCUCUCUCUCUCGCCAUUUCUACAGUUCAACCCUCCGUCCGAGGAAACGUGGACACCGACGAAUCUCACAUGUGCAUAUGCCCCUUCAUAAGAUGGGGCCUACAUAUUUGAAGGAUUGAAUGAAAUCACAAAUCCAACUUGGAGGGAUGGAUCAUAAUCUACGAAUUUUACUCUCUUUUGCAAAACCAAAUUUUUUAUUUUAUUUCGAUAAUUAAUAUGAAAAGUAUUAGUAAUCCAGGAGAGAUGAUCUCAUCUUGCCCAAACGAGCGUAAUUAGGCCCAAAAAAGGAAAAAAAAUAUAUAAACCCAUGAACCCAAAUUAACAUAAAAAUGUAACCUAAUAGCUCCUUUAUGUGAUUGCAGAAGUUAUUUUCGUUGCAUACAUCAAGGGUGCAUUGUGAAGAAGCAAAUCCAAAGGCUAUCAACGGAUGAAGGGUUGGUGGUGACAACUUACGAAGGGGUUCACAACCAUCCAGUCGAGAAAUCCAAAGAAUCAUUCGAAAACAUUUUGAGUCAAAUGCAGAUCUAUCCUAGCUUUGGAUUACCCCACAAAGACUCAAUCAUAUCAGACAGUUAG